GUCUUGUUGAGGGGAGUGAAGUCACUCAGACACCCACCAUACUCUGGGGACUGAAAGACAGUGAUGCUCAGAUGAACUGCAGUCACACUAAGGGAUCUGACUACUACCAGAUGUACUGGUACAGACAGCGUCCAGGAGAGGGAAUGAAGCAGGUAGUCUUCACAAGUAGUUAUAGCAAACCAGACUAUGGAGCCUUCGGUGAAGACAAAUAUCCAACUGUUAAGACAGAUGCUGAGACUGGAUCUUUCACAGUGAAGAAGGUGGAGGCAGGAGACAGCGGCAUGUACUUCUGUGCUGUGAGUGAACACAGUGAUACAGACGACAAGCACAGCUGCACAAAAACCCCAGAGUUUCAAUAGGAUGGAAUAUAAUAUGUAAAGAGAUGGUCUCAUCACGUACUGUAGGGGGACCUCUAACUCUAGUUCUUCUAAUGUCUGAUGGUUUCAUUGUCAUGAUCAUGUAAUCAGUCAUGUUCACAGUGAGGUCCUAUGAGCAAGCUUUACAGUACAGGCUUCCUGCCACUCCCUCUAACACUCUCACUAUCCACCACCCUAAAGGAAACAGGAUACUACAACAUCAGCCCCUCUCCUUUCACCUCAGAGCUUCAUCCAGGAGACACUCAUAUCACUCCUCCACUGAGGCAUCCUCAUCAUCAUCGUCUUCCUCAGCAUCUUCAUCAUCAUAAUCUUCUCCUUCAUCAUCAUGUUCAGAGUUCUGAUUCACCUGGCAGCUCUACCACUCUGGGUGACAGGUAUUAAAUCACUUACGAUGAGAAGCCUAACAAAUCUACGAAUGUCAUCAAACUGAAUGAAAUAUCCUCUCUCUUCACUCCUUCUCCUCUCAUCUCUCACUCUCUCUCUCACUCUUAUCCUCUCUCUCUCCUUCCUCUCUAUCUAUCUCUUCUCUCUCUCUCUCCCUCUCUCUCUCUCUCUCUCUCCACAGGAGAGUCCGUUUCCGUGGCAUGGUUAAUCAGGAGCCCUGUUGCCACUAAUAGAAGGACCUGGAAGGAAACGUUUCAAAUCACCGGCCAGCCAUAAUAUUCCUAACUACGCAUGAUACUAUUGGGUACCAACAGUCAGCAAGGAGACACUGCUCUAUUGAUUUGAUUGAAACUCAGGGUUAUGUGUAAAUUGGAAGUCAUUUUAAAACUUGGAAGGAACCCACUUUAGUGAAAAGCACUUCAAUGUUUUUGUUGGUUUGUUGCUGAGUGGGGGGAGAUCGGUGGAGAAAAGAGGCUUAUCUUCAUCUCCUUUUUGGUUUGAUUUCAGGGAGGACCUGAAGGGACAGUUUUUGCAGUUUAUUACUGUGCAAGGCCAGCCAACAAGUGAUGUAGAAGAGACGUACUUUCAUCUCCUUACAAUAAAACCUAUCUGAUAGUAUAUUAGCACAUGAUCAGAAACACCUGAUCUGAGGGUUGUGACUUGUUCAGUGCAAAUGAAUAACCACAGAGGAUUAUGACAUAAGCAAAAGGUGGGAGUAUCAGUACUGGUACAGAUUUUUUACACUGGUAUUACAGUUUCGUGUCACCACUCAUCUAACAUAAAUUAUGCAUUGGGUACAAGGUGCAUAGGCCAUGACUACUCCCCGUAUAGAGGUGAGUGCACAGGACCCGGCAAGAGCAACAAGAGAGCGAGGCAAGACCCACGAAACGGGAUGAGAGAGCGCGAGUCAGAGGCGGGAGAGGCGGGAGAAGCGAGAGGAGAGAGAGUAGAGAGAGAUGAGAGAGAGAAGAGCGAGACAGAACAAACAAAGGGGAGAGCGCGAGAAGAGAAACAGAACACAAAAAAAAAACAGAGCGCGCAGCGAGAGAGAAGAGAGGCAGAGCGGAGAGAGAAGGAGAUGGAGGAGAGCGCGGAGAGAUCAGAGAAACACACAAAACCCGGGCGCGAGAGCGCGAGAGAGAAGCGAAGAAAGAGCGCAAAACAAAAAAAAAACAAGCACAGAAGAAGAACCAAAAAUGGAGGUAGCCAAAAGGGAGAGAGGGGGAGAGAGAGAACACCCAAAAAAAGGAUCAGAUCGAGAGAGAGCUAAAAUCGAUAUCUCUUCCCCAGCCCCCUCCCUCAAUCUCUUUUGACCUUUGUGCCAAAUCAAAUGAAAUGAAAUGAAAUUGUAAUUUGUCACAUGUGCGCCGACACGAAACCGAAGGGAAACGAAAAAGGACGAACGAAGGGAACGAAAGCGGAAGGCGAGAACACGGGAGGAAACGGGAAAAAAGAAAAAAUAAACCAGCGUGUUUACCUUACCUAAAAAGCUUACAUACGGCCCUUCUUUUAACAAACCUUGCAGUUCAAGAAAGAGAAGUAAGAAAAUAAUUAAACCAAAAGUAAAAACUUUUAAUAAAAAGAACACAAUAAAAUAACAAUUAACGAGGGCCAUUAUACAGGGUACCGGGUGUUGGGUACCGAGUCACUGUGCGCGGGGCAGUGGGGGGAGGGGGGUACAGGUUAGUCGAGGUAAUUUGUACAUGUAGGUAUGGGUUUAAAGUGGAUUAUGCAUAGAUAAUAAACAGCGAGGGGCAAUUGUAAAUACUUGAGGUGAGCAUUUGAUUAUAUUGUUCAGGAGUCGUUGCUUGGGGGUUAGAAGUGGUUAAGGCGCCUUUUGUCCGAGAACUUGGCGCUCCAAGUCUCCAGUACCGCUUCAGUUGCGUAGAAGAGAGAACAGUCUAUGAUAGGGUGGCUGGGUCUUUGACCAUUUUGUGGGCCUUCCUCUGACACGCAUGGUAUUGAGGGUCCUGGAUGGCAGGAAGCUUGGACCAGGAUGUACUGGGCCGUACGUACUACCUAUUGUAGCGGCCGUACGGUCGGAGGCCGGCAGGACAGAUGCAGUUGGGUUACGGUUUGACCUGAAGACAGUGCAGUGUUUACUGUUCUGACAUGAAGACAGUGCAGUGUAUUACUGUUUCUGACCUGAAGACAGGUGCAGUGUAUUAUAUGUUAUGACCUGAAGACCAGUGCAGUGUAUUACUGUUCUGACCCUAAAGACAGUGCAGUGUGUUACUGUUUGUUCCGACCUGCAAGGACAGUGCAGUGUGUUACUGUUCUGACCUGAAGACAGUGCAGUGUAUUACGUGUUCUGACCUGAAGACAGUGCAGUGUAUUACUGUUUCUGACCUGAAGACAGUGCAGUUGUAUUACUGUUCUGACCUGAAGACAGUGCAGUGUGUUUACUGUUUCUGACCUGAAGACAGUGCAGUGUAUUACGGUUUCUGUCCUGAAGUCAACACAGUGAUGUAGAUACCUUUUCUCUCUUCUACAAAACCCCUUCUGUCCGUUACUCCAUAACUGCAGUGUACAUCAACACCCAGCAGACCUGCUAUCCACCGCUUGUAGAUGUCUGAGCACAUGGAGGAAGAUGUUAUCAAACCUCUAUACCAAAAUAAUGUGGUUGGAUGUUGUUGCUUUGAAGAAACGGUUGAGGUAUUUCUUCAAAUUACAGCCUAUUUGGUAGUGUGAUUACUGCAGAAUCUAAAACAUAGGUAAACUCUAAAGACUAAAAAAUACAAAAACUUUCAAUGAUGUAGAUACGGGUAUGUUCCACAAUACACCUUUAAGUUGAACAGGAGACCUGUAGGUGAACAAGGUAUCUGCUUGAACAUCAACAUAAGUUCUGACGUCAAAGUGAUGCCAUUUCCUUCCCCUCCGGCAGCUCAGUUCAGCUCACCGUCUCUAUUGACUUAUUUCCUCUCACCCCUAUGGACUCUGGUCUAAAGUAGUGCACUAUAUAAAGGGAAUAGGGUGCCAUUUGGGAUGCAGUAUACAUUUGACACUCCCACUAGCUGACAACACAUCUCUGACUAUCUGAAAACCCUUUCUCCUUGUCCAUGUGACACUUCUCUCCAGAACCAUCAACAUGAUCUCGCUCCUCAUACAAGUAGCAACUCUACUACUAUGGGUGACAGGUACUAAGUCCCUCAUGAAAGAUAUAUUUACUACUGAAGUAUGUUGCUAAUUAAAUAAAAAAUAUUCAGCAAUCUACACACAAUUCCCCCAUAAUGACAAAGUGAAAAACAGGCUUUUAGAAAUUGUUGUAAAAUGUAUUACAAAUUAAAAAACAGAAAUACAUAGAACACUAUGUUAAAAUCUGGGAAACCAGGCCUGCUAUUCAUAGCAGACUUCGAAAAGGCAUUUGAUAAAGUACGACUGGGGUUUAUAUAUAAAUGCCUGGAGCAUUUCAAUUUAGGAAAAUCUCUUAUAAAAGGGGUCAAAAUCAUGUAUAGUAACCAUAGGUGUAAAAUAGUAAAUAAUGGCUAUUUCUCAGAGAGUUUUAAACUGUCAAGAGGAGUGAAACAAGGUUGUCCACUAUCGGCAUAUCUAUUUAUUGUGGCCAUCAAGAUAUUAGCUAUUAAAAUCAGAUCCAACAAUAAUAUCAGAGGAUUAGAAAUCCAGGGCUUAAAAACAAAGGUGUCAUUGUACACUGAUGAUUCAUGUUUUCUUUUAAAUCCACAACUAGAAUCCCUCCACAGCCUCAUAGAGGAUAUAGAUACAUUUUCUAAUCUCUCUGGAUUACAACAAAAUUAUGACAAAUGUACUAUAUUACGUAUUGGAUCACAAAAAAAAAAAAAAUUACCAUGUAGUUUACCAAUAAAAUGGUAUGAUGGUGAUGUGGAUAUACUCGGAAUACAUAUCCCAAAGGAAAUAAAUGAUCUCACUUCAAUACAUUUUAAUAGAAAUUUAGCAAAAAUAGACAAGAUCUUGCUACCAUGGAAAGGUAAAUAGCUGUUGAUAUAAUAUAACAAGUACAGCUGCACUAAACCCCCAGUGUUGAUAUAAUAUAACAAGUACUUCUGUACUAAACCCUCAGUGUUGAUAUAAUAUACCAAGUACAGCUGCACUAAACCCCCAGAGUUGAUAUAACAAGUACAGCUGCACUAAACCCCCAGUGUUGAUAUAAUAUAACAAGUACAGCUGUACUAAACCCCCAGUGUUGAUAUAAAAAGUACAGCUACACUAAACCCCCAGUGUUGAUAUAAUAUAACAAGUACAGCUGUACUAAACCCCCAGAUAUGAUAAUAUGAUAUAACAAUACAGCUGCACUAAACCCCCAGUGUGAUUAUAUAUAACAAGUACAGCUGCAUCUUAAAACCCCCAGAGUUGACUAUAACAAGUAAAGCUGCACUCUAAACCCCAGUGUUGUAUAUAUAACAACUUACAGCUAUAAUAAACCCCAGUGUUGAUAUAAUAUACAAACAGUACAGCUGCAAACUAAACCCCCCAGUGUUGAUUAUAAUAUAAUAGUACUUCUGUAAUAAACCCCCAGUGUUGAUUACUAUACCAAAGACAGCUGCACUAACCCCCAUAGUGAGAUAACAAGUACAGCUGCACUAAACCCCCAAGUGGUGAUAUAAGUAUACACGUACAGGUACUAAACCCCAGUGUUGAUAUAAAAAAGUAAGCUACACUAAAACCCCAGUGUUGAUAGAAAUCAACAAGUACAGCUGUACUAAAACCCCCAGAUUGAUAUAACAAGUACAGCUGCACUAACCCCCCAGUGGUGAUAUAAUUAUAACAAGUACAGCUGCACUAAAACCCAAGAGUUGAUAUAACAAGGUACAGCUGCAAUAAACCCCCAGUGUGAUAUCAUAUAACAACUACAGCUGCACUAAACCCCCCAGUGUUGAUAUAAUAUAACCAACAUACAGCUGCACUAAACCCCCCAGUUGUUGAUAUAAUCUAACAAGUACGCUGCACUAAACCCCCAGUGUUUAUAUAAUAUAACAAGUACAGCUGCACUAAACCCCCAGUGUUGAAUAAUAUAAACAAGUACAGCUGCACUAAACCCCCAGUGUGAUAUAAUAUAACAAGUACAUCUACACUAAACCCCCAAGUGUUGAUAUAAUAUAACAAGUACAGCUGCACUAACCCCCAGUGUUGAUAUAUAUAAACAAGUAUACUUCUGUACUAAACCCCAGUGUGGAUUAAUAUAACAAGUACAGCUGCACUAAACCCCCAGAGUUGAUAUAACAAGUACAGACUGCACUAAACCCCAGUGUUGAUAUAAUAUAACAAGUACAGCUGUAAUAAACCCCCAGUGUUGAUAUAAAAAGUACAGCUACACUAAACCCCCAGUGUUGAUAUAAUAUAACAAGUACAGCUGUACUAAACCCCCAGAUAUGAUAUAAAAAGUACAGCUACACUAAACCCCCAGUGUUGAUAUAAUAUAACAAGUACAGCUGUACUAAACCCCCAUAGAUGAUAUAACAAGUACAGCUGCACUAAACCCCCAGUGUUGAUAUAAUAUAACAAGUACAGCUGCACUAAAGCCGCAGAGUUGAUAUAACAAGUACAGCUGCACUAAACCCCCAGUGUUGAUAUAAUAUAACAACUACAGCUGCACUAAACCCCCAGUUUUGAUAUAAUAUAACAAGUACAGCUGCACUAAACCCCCAGUGUUGAUAUAAUAUAACAAGUACAGCUGCACUAAACCCCCAGUGUUGAUAUACUAUAACAAGUACAGCUGCACUAAACCCCCAUUGUUGAUAUAAAAUAACAAGUACAGCUGCACUAAACCCCCAGUGUUGAUAUAAUAUAACAAGUACAGCUGCACUAAACCCCCAGAGUUGAUAUAAUAUAACAAAAACCCAGUUUUAUUGUUCGGGAACCAAUAAAACGAGCAUCUUCCCGCUGAAGAGAUUUCCAUUUUCGUUCGAACUGGUGAUCAAAAAGCUAACUAAGCUAACCAGCUUUUUAGCCAGACUGUAGAAGACUAGUUUGCGUGGUCAGCGUAGUGACGUGAAAAAUGCUGCGACUAAUGUGGUAGUUCCAUUUCUCUGACAGUUAGCGACUCGUUAGCAACAUACUUAUUUUGAGCACAUAAAGGCUUCAUAAUUCAUAAAGGUCAUGUUAACUGACUGAUAUUAUCUCACAGAACAAAACCUAUAAGUUCUCGAAAGCCUGUGUUAACCUAUCCCAAAACCCCAUUAUUUCCCCCCUUCAUUCCUCCCAUAGCAACGGCCAACGAACCAGAGGUAGAAAAUGCUGACUCCUUUCAGUUUUUUAGGACUACAAGCUGGCGAGCUCUAUAGGAUAGAAUAUAAUAUCUAAAGAGCUGAUGGUCUCAUCAUGUCCUGUAGGGGGACCUCUAUCUUUAAUAAUGUGAACGUCUCUACAGUCUGAACCAGUCAUUUGCAUGAUGUAUUCAGAUCAUCAGUGUCCCUCCCACUUCACUGACAUGUUCAAUAUGGUGAAACCUGCCGUGGUCUACUGAUUGUCAUCUAUUCAUCUAUGUGACACUCCUCUUUUAUUCUGUACAUUGAUACCAGACUCUUUCCAGCACUCUCACAUAUAACGUGAUCAAACAUGUUCACAUUUCUCUUCACUGUUACUGUCUUAGUGCUCUGUGCUGCAGGUACAGUUUCAUAAUGUUUCAUUUAUUUAACCAGGAAAGUUGAGAAGUAAAUUGUUAUUUACAAUGACGGCCUUCUAUAGUUAUAGAUAUUGAUGUUUCCAAGCAUACGUUCACUUCACCUGAGUCUUGAUGUAUUCAGAUCUAACUGUAUCUAACUCUAUUGAUUUAAUUCUCACUGUAUCCUUACAGGUCUUGUUGAGGGGAGUGAAGUCACUCAGACACCCACCAUACUCUGGGGACUGAAAGACAGUGAUGCUCAGAUGAACUGCAGUCACACUAAGGGAGCUACCUACAACCAGAUGUACUGGUACAGACAGCGUCCAGGAGAGGGAAUGAAGCAGGUAGUCUUCACAAGUAGUUAUAGCAAACCAGACUAUGGAGCCUUCGGUGAAGACAAAUAUCCAACUGUUAAGACAGAUGCUGAGAGUGGAUCUUUCACAGUGAAGAAGGUGGAGGCAGGAGACAGCGGCAUGUAUUUCUGUGCCGUGAGUGAACACAGUGAUACAGACGACAAGCACAGCUGCACAAAAACCCCAGAGUUUCAA